UCUCGCUUCGUGCACACAAUGAACUAUACUGCGACACCCAUUCCCCAAUGUAUAAUAAUAGUGAUGUUUUUCAUUUCUUGCUUUCAAAUAGAACUCCGACACACAGGAGGCCGCGUGAUUGCACAGUGAACAUAACUUCAUGAUCAUUGUCGCUGAUUCUAACUUCGUAGUUGUGGAGUUUUCAGGUCUUUCGCGAGAAAGUCUUGAAGUCCCACUAGACGAUGCAUUCUUCCUGAGUGAACUCGUGGAGUAAAAGUUCUCCUUUUACAGAUAUGAUGUCUCGAUUGCAGAAUUUGGGGCCAAAUCCAAGCUGUCAUCAAACCAUUCAAGGACUCGUUGCUGGGUAGAGUAAUGCCAAGCUGUGUUUUCACGGAGCAAAAGCAGCUCUCCACAUAAAAUUACUAAAGGAGCACAAUGGCAGGAUAUAAUUUCCCCUACAGUCGGUUGGUCGACGCACAGCACGAGCGAAAACGCUCCGUUGCCGCUCUCCGACGGUCAACAACGGUCUUCUUCGUUCUUUGCGUCAUCGCGGCCGUCCUGGCCGUUGGAAUCAUAGCGACCUUAGCGGUGUAUAUGUACUUUUCGUCGCAAUUUCCCGUCACUGACGGUUCACUGCUUUCCACGGAGGCAACCAGACGCUUUUCCCGGACAAAGACAGACUCAGAAGACUUUGCUAGAGUUCUACAGAGGCUGAAUAAUCUUGAAGAAGAAGUUGAAAAGCUGAAGAGAAGAUGUGGAGGUUCUAGCCUUCGGCGCGACAAAGGACACAGUGGCCAAGGAAGACCUGACAAAGAGAGUCAUCAGCCUGAGGCUGCGAGCAAGGAGCAGAAUAUCGAUCAACCAACAACGCAGGAAAGUGUUAGCAGCAUUUUACAGCGCCUCAUGUCUACUACGUCAUCCAUCCAUUCUGGAUAUCACUUAAAUUCAGAGCAGGAAUCACUCAAAUCAUCUCAAUCAUCGAAUCAAGAGUCGACAGUUUUACCUCACCGGUCUUUCUCAACAUCAUCACCUUACAUAACCACCGUUGGGUCUUUACCAAUGUCAGAUGGAAUAGCUUCCUCUGUGGAUCAGCAGACGAAUUUGAUAAAGAGAGCCUCGGCGAUUUCAGAGGGACUAGCGCCCUCUGUUGACCAACAGUCGAAUUUGAUACUGAGAGAUUUGUUUCACGACGUUGGAGAACUCCAUCGAGUUGCAAGAUCUAAACAUGACAGAAAGUCCAAUCGAAGAAGCCGGGAGGACUCUGCUUUGUCCACGGCAGAACCAUCUCUCCGGGAAAGAGGGGACCGUGGAGACAGGGGAGACAGAGGGGACAACAAGAGAGAUGGACGGGGGAACACUAGAUCCAGAGACCGCUCAUCGAAACAAUCAUGUACUCCAUGCACUGCUCCGACAACAUUUGGGUUAGCAGCUCACUUCGAAGGGCAAAGGGACGGCAAUGUCCUAAUCACAGAUGAAGCCGGACGUAUUCGAGAGCCUCGAAUCUGGGGGUACGCAGACUGGAUGACACAAAAGGACAAAGACAAAUUCCAACUCGGCAUAACCCAAGUUGUCAAAGUCACCGAGGGAGGUGUUUAUUACAUCUACAGCCAGAUCAUGUUCUACGAUCUCAACUCCGCAGUCGGUCAGAGCAUCUGCGUCAACGACCGACAACGCUUCACAUGCACCAAGUCCAACAUCAGCGCCGAAGCUAAGCAGAGCACGUGUUUCCUUGGCGGUGUAGUUAAACUGGAAGACAAUGACGUGCUCAGCAUCCAACUUUCAAUCCCCAAUGUGUCGAUCGCCCUGUACGCAGAUACAUCAUUCUUCGGACUGUUCAAGCUCGCCCCUGCUCCUUGAGACCCCUGCUCUCCUUGGCGUCUAUGUAACGACACCCCUGAUUGGGGUCAACUGUCUCCAGCGUUCCACAGAAAGGUGGAUUUGAUUUGACGAAGCAAUUCAGAGUAAAGACAGUCUCUCAAAACUUAACUUUCUGUCCCCAAUGUGUCGAUCGCCCCGUACGCAUAUACAUAAUUUUUUUUCGGGCUGUUUAAGCUUUCUCCUUGAAGCCUGCCACCCGCCGGCGUCUAUGAAACGACACCUCUGAUUGGUUGAUCAGGGUCGACCGUCGCAUUCGUUCCGCAGAAAAGUGGAUUUGAUUGGACGAAACAAUUCAGAGUAAGACUUUCUGUUCGAGAACUUCUUUUCAGCUGGAUGUGUUGGGUGCAGUCAUUGUUUAUAGAGUACUUACGACCGUACAACCACGCAAUAAUGACAUUCGAAAACAACUUGUCUAGUUGAUUAUUAAGUCGGCAGAUUAGACUUUAAGUCGGCAGAUCAGACUUAAUCUCUCUCCAUUUUCUGUUUGCAAAUGCAAUCACCUUCAAACUGUAUGCAGUUUUUGACAGAGCCGAAGAGGUCGUCACUUUAAAACUCUCAGAAGCUACUUGUUAUUCUUAAAUACAAAA